UAAGAAUAAAAAUUUUAUUAAAUCGCAUAAUGUAGUUUUAUUAUAAAUUAUUUUCACAUUUUUAAUAAUAUAUUGAGUUGAACUCUUAUUUAUUUCAAUAUUCUAACAAUAAUCAAAUAUUCCUGGGAUUAAUUUGAAAAAUUUCAAUAUUCUUUAAAUUUCUUUAAAGAUCCCUAUAUAAAUAUACUAAUGCAAGGACGAGAUAUAUCCCGGCAGCCUUGUCCUGACAGGAUUGUUGAGGACAUGGGUGGCGCCUUUGGUAUGGGUUCCGUUGGUGGAUUUCUCUGGCAUUUUAUAGCUGGAGCUAAGAAUUCUCCUAGAGGUUUAAUUUUAAAAAACGCUUUAUAUACUGCCAGUUCUAAAUCUCCGGUUCUUGGCGGCAAUUUCGCCAUUUGGGGAGGCACUUUCUCUACCUUCGACUGUACCUUCCAAGCUUUACGUAAUAAAGAGGAUCACUGGAAUGCUAUUUUCAGUGGUUUUGUGACUGGAGGUGUUCUAGCACUCAGAGGAGGCUUAAAGAACGCCUCCAGAAAUGCCUUCAUCGGCGGUGUUCUCCUAAGUAUAAUUGAAACUGUUUCAAUUGUUGUAAAUAAAAGAAUCGCGGUCACUCCCAGACAACACUUUCAACGUCAAAUGGAAUACGAAAAACAACUCAAAAAUCGUGAUGUUAAUUUUACACCUACGGCACAUCCAACCUAACAGUUACCAGCAUGGUCUGUUACUAAUAAUUGCAAUUUCAUUAACCUAUUACAUCAAUAUUGUAAUAAUAUA